AUGUUGGAGUGCUCUGUACGCCUUGGUGAAUUCGAGCGGCGGCUUCUCGAGGAGGUCGAGGGUGCGCUUGACCAUGACCAUGUAUUGGAUAUACCAACGGGAGAGGUUUUUGGGAAAUGGAAGUGGUCGGUGCGGAUCAAGGGCUAUCUGGAAGAGUUCUUGAACACUGAGACCAUCGAAAAGAAUUACCAGGGUAACAGGAAAAAAGCAUACGAAGCAUUCAUUCACAGUGUGACUCACUCGGAAGACGUUCAACAGAAUGCAAAACGAGCGCAGGACUUCGAGAGAACGAAUCAAGAAUUCCUAAGCGAGUUUGAGGCGAGCGGUGUCGAGGCCAUCGAGGCCAAACCACACCCAGACGACGCUUCGUUGUGGCUUUGCGUUGCGAGAUUAUACGCACUCGUCGGGCUAGAGUGGGAGUUCACGGAUACAAUCGCCAACCCAGACGGAACGUUUGAUAUAUGGCAGUUGAUACGCAAGUUCGUCAUCAAGCAAAUCUCACCGGGGAAUAGUGAGAAUGUGGAUCACGUCCUAGUACGAGACAUGUCCUUCCAGUCUGUAUACAAUGUGACUCGCCCAGAAGGUGAUUUUCGCCCCUUGUCUAUUACUCGAAAGACAACCAAUUCGUCAGUGCAAGAGUGGCCCGAGGGCCAACCGCAAAAAGAUGAAGAGGGAGAAAUAUCGGAUGCCUUCCUGAAAUACCUCCUCCGGACACUAGGUGCAGAACGGAAGAUCGAAGAUCCACGCGGAUAUCUUCACUUCAUACCGUGGGAAGAGUUGGACUGCACAGACGAGUCGCUGCUUCAAGAAUCAGGCAUCACUCUAGACAUACCAUUUCUUGAAGAAGAAGCAAUCGAGGAGUGGGUUCUUUGGACACCUCCGCGCGAAGAAGGCUUUGCUUGGAAUCAUCAUUUACACACAGAAGACGAAGUUUUCGAGUAUAACAUAACGAAGGGAUGGCCGUUUCCGGAUCACUUGAAGGGGAGUACUGUAAUAUUUGCUGUACGUCCCCUUGACGAAACAGACUUUGUUGUGGAACUUGAAGAGUAUUGGGACACCUGGAACGAUUGUGCCAUUACGCAGAAGACACCUGACGGCCCGAUUCUCCUUCUCGAGACUAUUCCGGGAAUGCGCUUCCGUAGCCGCAUCAAGCGGCAGGAUAAGGUCGCCGCCCUGGGCUACUUUCGUCAUCUCGUCGAAGUCCAUGCCCAGGGUCGACCCACUGACUCGACAGCUCGAGAUUUGCUAGGGUUGGAAGGAAGCGGCAACCCUUUGUUUGCACAUUCCCUUCGUGUUAUCCCAGGGGACCAGCUCUAUGAUAUUACGUGGGACCAGCCGUUGGGGAGAGGCAAGAAUGGAGCUGUCUAUAGCGCCUUGUGGCGCAAACCGGCUGGAUACCUUGCAACCACGGCGUCCGACGAGCAGCAGCAAGCGGUAGUGUUGAAAGAUGUGGCCUCUCACAGUUCGGUUGCGAAAUUGGUCAAGGAGAUUGAUAUCACCUUUGCAAGCCUAGGUGGCAGAGCCGUAGGAUGUGUCCAGUUCCUAGGUGUUGCCACGGUACAUCGCGGAUUAGACAAGGACGAUGGAUCGCAGACCAGAGAUGAGUUGUUUCUCGUCUUUGAGAAAGCAACCCAGGGAACUAUCUUUGACUUCCUCUCCCGACAGCUCAAGGAUGUCACAUUCGUCCGAUCAUGGUAUAUCCUGAUUGAUGCCUUGACCUCUAUCGCUGACCUCCACAUGAACAACAUCUUAGUGACUGACCGUUUCUACCCCAAUGACCCCGAUUAUCCUCACGGGUACGACUAUUUAAUCAGUGACCUCGGGGAAGGAAAAAUCCUGGACGCCGCGCACGAGAUACGAAGCCGGUUCGACUCUCGCGCAAGCUACGGAGCACUGGAUUUCCGGGCGCCAGAAGUCAAUGGCAGCUUUGGUUGGUCACCGAAAGCCGAAACCUUUUCCUUUGGUGUGAUUGCUACCAAAUUGAUCGAAUGCAGAGGGUAUACCUGCUCUGCAUCUCCUCCGCAGUUGAUUGUUUCAAGGUGUUCGAAUCUGUACAAUAUAUCCUCAGACACAGAUACACACAAACGGAUCGGGGGUCAUUUAUUACCUACCGCGCUGAGAGACGCGAUAGAGCCUUGCUUUUCACAUGACCCAGCGGAUCGACCAUCGCUGAGGGAUGUGGUUCGAAUGCUCGAGGACGCGGGCUCACAGUUUUGGACAGAUGGCGAAUAUAGCGAGGAUAGCAAAGAUGUGCACUGGACAUACUGGGACUGGAAGGAGCCAUUAAGAAGGGGGUUGAGUGGCAAAGGCAACCUGCCCCAUCCUCGCAGUCAGGAUGAUCGUAGAGGAUCGUAUGACUCGCGAGUAUCCGACGACUUUGGGGACCUUGACGAUCUUCCCAUGUUGGAUGAUUGGAUGGAUGACUGA